UCAGGUCCUCACAGUGAGUGACGCAGAUCCCCAGCGACUGGAACACAUUCAAAACAUUAAUCUGUUUGAUAUUUCAGUAUUACAUUCUCCAGGAGCUUAACAUAAUGGCAUUGGAAACGGUGCCCAAAGACCUUCGCCAUCUGCGAGCCUGCCUUCUUUGUUCUUUAGUGAAGACCAUUGACCAGUUUGAAUAUGACGGCUGUGACAACUGUGAGUCGUACCUUCGGAUGAAAGGGAACCGAGAGAUGGUUUAUGAAUGCACAAGUUCCUCAUUUGACGGAGUGAUAUCCAUGAUGAGUCCUGAGGACAGUUGGGUGGCUAAAUGGCAGAGGAUAGGCCAAUUCAAGCCAGGUGUAUAUGCAGUGUCAGUGACCGGCAGACUACCUCCAGGCGUGGUGAGGGAGUUGAAGAGCAGAGGAGUGAUCUACAAAUCCAGAGACACAGCAGUGAAGUCAUAAACCUGUCUGAUCAGCCACACCAGAGCGGUGUCAUACUGCAGCACCAACUCCAGGAAGAAGUCACAACAGUGGGACUAAAUGCGAUCAUGUCCGUCAUGUGUUAUUAAUAAUUAUCAACUGUUGAAAAACUGUUGUUCAAUUUUUGUUUGUUGUAUUGAUUAUAAAUAUUAGCAUGGGUGCUC